GUUCAUAAGCAAUUUUAAUUCAUCUACCGUGUUGGCAUCAAUAUUUCAGGAAACUUGUUUUGGUUUCUCAUCAGACUUAUUUACUAACAAAAGUGUUCAUUGCGGAACUACUUCAUAAAUUAGGAAAUUAGAAACUAUAGAGAUAAUUUUUAUUUUGAAAUAUUUCUUCCGAUAAUUCAAAAACAAAAGUUUUUGAGGCAUUUGUGUAAUUUUAAUUGAUAAAAUGUCUGUUAGUCACCCUUUACUCAAACAACUGAAAGGUUAUGUUCUUGAUAUAAGGAAUGAGAGUGAAACAGAAAUCCGAGAUUUUCAUCCUACUGUCUUACCUCUCUGUCAAACUUUAGAGGAAAUUUUUCAAAAAGGAGUAAAAUCUAAAAUCAAUACACCAUUUGGAUUAAUGCGAAAAGACUACUGGUUUUGGAUGUAUCUAUUGUAUGAGCAGAGAGAUCAACUUAGAAUUCCCUUCAGCUUAACAGAUGCAAUAGAAAAUGUACAUAUCUCUAAAAAGGUUUUCACAAAUGUUGGAAGAGGCAGGCUAUUUAUUAGAAUAGCAUUAUCCAAGAAACUUCUACAAACUCUUAUUCAACUUCUGUGGAAAGAUGAAGUGUUUCUAUUUUCUGUUUAUGAUCCAAAGACAUCAAUUCUAGGAAAUGAAAUCAUGUUUGAAAUAUUUUCUUCUCUUCUGCAUGAACUGAAUAAAGUUGAAUUUAAGUUGGAAUUGAAAAAUGCCAGUUUUCUAGAUGAAACAUGGCAAUUAGGUGUUUAUAAAAAAUAUGAAUUUGUGCCUUGUAAAGAAAUGGGUAUAACUUUUGCGUAUAUUAAGGGAAGAAUUGUGGUCGUUAAAGUAGAUCCUGGAAGUGUUGCUGCUGAAGAAAACCAAGUUGAGCCUGGUGAUGUACUAGAUGAGUUAUAUGGACAAAGUCUCUACAAAUGUAACAAAGGUUUAAUAUCAGCUUUGGCAAACAAAUAUCGUGGCCUUCCUAUUUAUCUAUCUGUGGUUAAAGGUUUUUAUGUGGGAAGUAUUUAUUCUCCUUUGAAGCCUAUCUUUGAAAAACUUCAUAUUAAGAUAACUCCUGAAAAGAAACAAGUAAAUAAACCAGAAUUUGUUCAAGAGCUGAGCUCUGACUCAUCCCAUUCUGGUAGAAUAAAAUUCGAUGUCUCACUACUUGGCAGGUUCCAAGUUCAUAAUGAUGGCAAAGCUCAAUGCAUCGAUCAAGCUAUUAACAAAGCAAUUGAUUUAAAUUUGGAGCCUAAAGAAGUGAUUUUACGGAUAUCUGAAAGAGAUCUUACUAUUCAUAAUAAAGAGGACACAGAAGUUAUUCUUAAUAAACAUUUCUCUGAAAUAUCUGCUUGUGGUCGCAAGAAAAUUUGCCCAAACAUCUUCGCCUUUAUUUUUGGAAAUACAAGCUGUACUAUUGCUGAUGAAUUUCAAUGCUAUGUAAUGAAAGCUUCUUCAGAAACUGCUAUAUCAACGAUACUUUCACUUGUUGCUCAUGGAUUUGUAAAAACUCAUUGGGAAGUAUGAUUAAUCAUUUCCUGUGGGAAAUAAUAUAUUUUGCAUGUGACGUGUCUUAAACAUUUCUGAACAAGAUUAUUCCUUUGAUGAACAAAAUGACUGUUAUACUCGACAUUAUUCCUUUGAUGAACAAAACGACUGUUAUACUCGAUAUUGUUCUUUAAAGUACUUUAAUACCUGUUCUUUUAAACAUUAUUUAAAGUUCAGCUAUUCAAUAAAUAAACAUUUUCCUCGUGCAAUAUAUGAUAAGUUAAGCAAUGAACAUGUUAAAUCCCAAAAUUUAUUUGGAAGAUAUUGUGAUUUUAAUUUGUCCUUUACAUCAAUACAGUUCUGUCUAAAAAUGUAUCUUUAUCAUAUGUAUUAUGAUUAUUAUAACUAUUUUUUUAAUAUUAUUUAAUUUCUUUUAUUUUUUUAAUUGAAAGUCAUUUAU